AUGGGGGGAGCGGUGGUGGACGAUGGACCGAGCGGGAUCAAGGCCCCGGACGGAGGCUGGGGCUGGGCCGUCUUAGUCGGCUGCUUUGUCAUCACCGGAUUCUCCUACGCCUUCCCCAAGGCGGUCAGCGUCUUCUUCAAGGAGUUAAUCAAAGAAUUUCACGUGGGCUACAGUGACACCGCCUGGAUAUCUUCCAUAUUGCUCGCUAUGCUCUACGGGACAGGUCCUCUGUGCAGCGUGUUGGUGAACAAGUUUGGCUGUCGACCGGUGAUGAUGGUGGGCGGACUCUUUGCCUCACUGGGAAUGAUUCUGGCUUCUUUUGCAACCAGCAUCAUACACAUCUACCUUUGCACCGGUGUCAUUACAGGUCUUGGCCUGGCAUUGAAUUUCCAGCCUUCCCUGAUAAUGCUCAAUCGCUAUUUCAGCGAGAAGCGACCUUUGGCCAACGGUCUGGCGGCCGCCGGCAGCCCCGUGGCUCUAUGCUGCCUUUCCCCACUGGGACAGGUUCUCCAGUACCAGUACGGCUGGAGGGGAGGUUUCCUCAUCCUGGGGGGGAUGCUGCUCAACUGCUGUGCCUGCGGUGCUCUGAUGAGGCCCCUGUUGCCACCAAAGAAACAUCAAGAGUUUGAGGAUGGCAGUCUUGUAGCCACAGAGGAGAAGAAACUCAAGCCAAAGAGAAAACUGCUGGACUUCAGCGUGUUCAGGGAUAAAGGAUUUGUCAUCUAUACCGUGGCGGCCUCCAUCAUGGUGCUGGGCUUGUUCGUCCCACCCGUGUUCGUGGUCAACUACGCUAAAGGCCUCGGCUACGAGGACACUUAUUCGGCGCUGUUGCUGACCAUUUUGGGAUUUGUAGAUAUGUUCGCUCGCCCUCUGUGCGGAAUCAUCGCGGGGCUGAAGUGGGUCCGACCAAGGUGUGUCUACUUCUUCAGUUUUGCCAUGCUCUUCAACGGCGUCACCGAUCUCAUCGGGUCUCAGGCCGACAAUUACGGAGGUCUGGUUGGCUUCUGUAUCUUCUUUGGGUUGACAUACGGCAUGGUGGGAGCCCUACAGUUUGAAGUCCUUAUGGCUAUCGUGGGAACGGACAAGUUCCCCAGUGCCAUUGGCCUCGUGCUCUUGAUGGAAGCUAUAGCUGUAUUGGUGGGACCUCCUGGAGCAGGUCGCCUCUUGGACGCCACUCACAAGUACAUGUACGUCUUCUUGCUGGCCGGCUGUGAGGUCACGUUGUCGGCCAUUGUGAUUGCCGCGGGGAACUUCCUGUGCAUCAAAAAGAAACAGGAAGAGCCGGAGGCCAGGCUGGAAAUGGCCGCGGCAGGCAUUAAGAAGGGGAGCCUCCGUAACGAGACAAGGAACCUCGAAGAGGACGAAAGGGGAAAUUACAACGCCGAUUUGCAUCAACGGGGCGACGGCGAGUCCAGGGAUGAUGGACUGGAGAAUACUAAAGGAUGA